AUGGUAGUUGUGGAUGAUUUCUCCAAGUACCUAGUCGUUAUCAUCUUACACACUCUUGCAGCACCUACAGUCAUCAAGCAACUGCUUACUAUGUUCGCUCAGUUCGGCUGUCCGGAAAUUGUAAAGUCAGACAAUGGCCCACCCUUUCAGAGUGAGGGUUUUGCAGAGUUCGCUAGCGAGCUAGGAUUCAAGCAUCACCGCAUCACUCCACGGUGGCCAGAGGCUAACGGGGAAGCCGAACGAUUCAUUCGCACCCUCAAGAAGUCAAUACUCACAAGUCGUGUCAGCCACUUGGAUUGGACCAUUGAGCUUCAGUCGUUCCUCCUAACUUACAGAACUCAGCUUACUCUCAGGCGAGAGUCACCAGUCACCAGUCACAACCAGCUGCAUGUUGGACAACAAGUCCUCUGCAAACAAGACAGGUCAAACAAGUUCUCGUCUUACUAUGACCCCCACCCAUACACAAUCACCAAAGUCACUGGCUCCAUAAUCACAGCAUCCAUAGAUGGAGUGUCGAUUUGUCGCAACUCUAGCUUCUUCAAAGAUGUGAGCACAGUUCAAAUGGAACGACACCAGGACCAGCUCGACAUGCCAGAUCUGGACGAUGCAGCUGUGCCAAGUAACAGUGACCUUCCAAGCCACAGCACAGCUACUCCUCGUGAAGCUCCACCAGCAACUACCAAGACCGCCUCACGGCGGUACCCUCAAAGAACAAGGCAACGACCUGAGCGCCUGAAAGCCUAUGUGUGA